UUGUGCACUUUUGUGCAAAUUGAUGUUCCUUUACGAUGAGCCUGAGCAAAUCAUUGAUAAUAUUCGACUUUAAUUCACCCUUCUCUUUAAUGGCACCCUCUACGCAUGUUGACAUACUUUACUAUAUGAGAUGAAAUAUAAACCAUAGGCUUAAGUUAGGCCCUUCAUGUAUCCAUAUCGGGUCCAUCCAUUCUGCACAAAAUCUUUGAUCGCUUGCUUGGCAUUGAAGGCCUUGCUGUCUUAGCCACAGCAUAUCAUUAUGGGUUCUAUUGAAGCGAUGGGGCAGUUUUAACAACUUAAAAUUCACAUUACUGCAUUGACUUCCCAGAAUUUGUUCUGAAGUGUCAGUGCGCCCCGUGCCCUUGCUAAGCGAUAUGCCGUGAAAAAGGUUUGAUGAUGUGGAGAGAAAAAAUAAUUAUUAGGUAAAGGCGGCAUUGCAUUUUAGCCGCCAACUCUUCAUCCGUCCACAUAGGACAGAGCUGAUAUCAGAAUGCGGGUGGUAGCAUUAGUAAGUGGGGGUAAGGAUAGCUGUUACAACAUGGUACAGUGUGUAGCAGCAGGACAUGAUAUUGUUGCUUUGGCCAAUCUCAGCCCCUCCACUAAAGAUGAGCUGGAUAGCUACAUGUAUCAGACAGUUGGGCAUAUGGGAGUUGCAUUAUAUGCUGAAGCCAUGGGCUUGCCACUGUUUAGGCAGCCUACUGAAGGUCGUGCAAUUUUGCAGGAUAAGGACUACUGUCCCACACCGGAAGAUGAAGUAGAAGAUCUCUAUGAUUUACUCACUAGGGUGAAGAAUGAAGUCAAUAUUGAGGCAGUUGCUGUUGGUGCCAUCUUGUCUGACUACCAGAGAAUUAGAGUUGAAAAUGUUUGUGUUCGAUUAGGUCUUGUGUCAUUAGCUUACUUGUGGAGACGAGAUCAAGGAGAACUCCUUCAAGAAAUGAUAGACUGUAAUAUUAAUGCUAUUAUUAUCAAAGUAGCAGCCAUGGGACUAGAGCCCACAAAACACUUAGGUAUGAAAAUAGCAGAUUUGAAGCCUCAUCUUGUUAAAAUGAAAGAAAAAUAUGGGCUAAAUGUGUGUGGAGAAGGGGGCGAGUAUGAAACUUUUACUCUAGACUGUCCCCUGUUUGUCAAGUCGAUUGUCAUUGAUGAAUUUGAAAUGGUGCUUCCCUCAGACAACAGUGUCGCCGCUGUAGGAUAUUUAAACUUCAAACAGUUUCAUUUGGAAUGUAAAGAUCCAAGAUUAGCAAAAUGGACUCAACAAGAACGAAUUGCUCCAUUCCCAGUCAAGACAUGGUCUGAUUUACUACAAGACCUUCAGGACCCAGAUAGAAGUGGUGGGGCUGGAGAGGAAGAGGAUGAGGAACUGGAGAAUCUCUCAUCUGAUGCUGCAGAAGUUGCUGCUAUGUUGCUUCAAUCUGAAGCUGGGAAUCCAUCUCAAGAUGUGGUCAACAACAAAGCUUCAGGUGACACUGACACAAGCACAACUCCGGGACAUUCAAGUGCUGUCACACCCACACUAGAGCAUUCAUUGCUUACUGAUUUAACUGAAGUGAUAGUUGCCACUGAUAAAGCAGCUGCUCGUUGCAAUGAUGCUGGCUGGUAUUGGCUUGGAAGCAUUGUAGGACAGGGAGAUGAAACACAAGGAGAAGCAACUGAGCAAGCCCUCUGCAAAUUGAAAGACCUAUUGUCUGGUGAGUCAUUAACUUUGCACAAUGUUGUGGCUGUGUCCCUAUACAUACGAGACAUGGAAAAUUAUUCUGUGAUUAAUCAACAGUAUAAAAAAGUGUUCAACUUUAUCAAUCCACCUAUCAGGGUAUGUGUUCAGGCACCUCUUGCUCAUCAAUGUCCACUUGUGAUGGAAGCCAUUGCUUUCAGGCCAAAGACUGUUGAUGGUUGUCUAGAUUCAUCAUCAGAGGAAAUGCGUGUCAACAAAGUUCACACUAUGCAUGUUCAAGGGGUAUCCCAUUGGGCGCCAGCCAACAUUGGACCGUACAGUCAAGCAGUUCGUGUUGGAGACUUGGUAUAUGUUGCUGGCCAGAUAGCACUAGUACCUGGAACUAUGGAGAUGGUGGAGGGUGGUGUUAGGAAGCAAUGCCGUCUAGCUCUCCGGCAUGUUGGUCGUAUUGUCCGGGCCAUGGACCCUAAUACACAGUUGAGAGAUGUUGUUCAGGGAGUGUGUUAUGUUACACAUCCAUCUUAUAUUCCUGAGGCUAGAAGAGAGUGGGAGAAACGGACCAAUAAUGCUAUUGUAGACUAUGUUGUUGUACCUAAACUUCCAAGAGGUGCCCUACUAGAAUGGCAAGUUUGGGCACAUAUUGGAAACAGUAGAUUCGAAUAUGAAGAGACAGGUUGUUGUAUUGGUGUUCAUAGAGUAUCAUUGCGCAAGCGCUGGAAUUAUGAGAACACAGUUUCUGUUGUUGUUUGCUAUGUGUCUACAGGAUCAUCCAAUUCUGGACAAAAUGUUUUGGCCAGCGCCAAUGCUAGUGAGACUGAAGAACCUGAAUCAGGACAUGCAUUAUCUAUUCCUGUAAUAAGUGCUCCUGAACUUGGUGAGGUGUUCCGUUACACUUUGAGUAAAUUACACAAAGGUGUUGACCCGAGUACAACUUGUGCAGUAAGAGUUCUUCACGUGUCUGGUAGUAAAGCUCCCCCACCAACAGAAGUUCGGAAAGCAUUAGAGGAAUUUCCAAAUGUUGUCACAACUUUAGUGCCUGUGUGUCGCCUAACAGACUCCCGCACAGUUCUGUCCAUUUGUGCGGUGCGACAUCAGUAAUGAUUUAGUGUCCAUUUUGCAUAGCUAUUUGAGUGGGUUUGAUUGAAGGAUCAUCAGUGAUUCUUGAAGUCAUGACAUUGUUGUUGUUUUAUAGAAAUUUACCUGUUUGCUUGUUUGAGGAAAGUCUCAUUCAAAUGUUGGGUAUACAUUAUAUGAAUUUACCUUUAUAUUUGUUGAAGUGUUAAUCCACAGUCAAUCAAGUUUUACAAAGAUUUUGCAGUUAAUAUUGAUAUCUUGUUUAGAAGUGCUUGUUCAAGUCAUUGGUACUGCAAAUGUGAUACAAUGGUACUUAAAUAAGACUUACGAGCUCCUCUCAAAUCACGUUUAAGAUUGUGGUCAAGUUGAUGCUAGUGUUGAUUGGCAGUACAUAUGUUUAUGCUUGAAUUACAAAUAUUCAAUUUGUUUCUCUAAUGUGUGCAGUGAGCUUCCUUUUUUUUACUUGUUUGGCAUCAGCGUUUUGAUGUACCAUACCAUAUUUGUUUUAUAGGGUAUUUAUUUUAUUUUUGUCUGAAAAAUCAACUAUUAAACCUUUGAAUAUCUGAGAAUUAUCAUUUUUACUACUAAUUAAUUGCAGUCUGAUUGCUUUGCCCCAAUGAUGUAAAAGUAAUGAAGUUGCUUACUCAGUACACCAUUUUCCUCCAAUUACAAUUUUAUUGCAAUAGGUCUCCAAAAGAAGAGACAGUAUACACAAUCAGAUUAUAUUUUUGUUGCUGACUUGUGUUAAAUAUGAUGUACCUGCCAUGUGUAAGAAAAUCAUUUGUCAAGGUUUGUGUGCAGUGUACCCCCUUUGCAGACAUGUACUGAUUUUACUGCUCUUAUCUUCAUUUAUUAUAUUUCUUCCUGUAACUAAUGAAGGAGAGAGAUGACUGCACCAGCUUUCUGUUUUAAGCUAGAACUUCAGUUAAUUAAGCUAUAACUUGCUCUCUUUUUGUCUAAACCUUAGCAAUCUGUUCAGAGAUGAACUCUCAUUGACACUGAAAUGAUCAGGUAGUUGGUUUUAUAUCACAAAUGCAGUCAUUUUUCAUAAAUUUGUUUUCUUGUGUUAAUGAGAGGAGUUGAACCAAACUGAUAGGGUAGCCUGAGUCUUCUUCUGCUAUUGCCAAGUUCCAUCAUUUUACUUUUUAAAGGUAUCAGCAGCAGCCGUUGCGUUUUGUUAGUGAGGAGCAAUUGUUCAGAAGUUAUCUAAAUCAGAAUACAAUUUUAAUUUUGAAUUGUAGAUGAUAGUACAAUCCUUGGUUUGCUCAUGUUUAUUUCUAAGUGCUUUACCUAUCACACUUUUAACUUCAGGUGUGUUGCUCUUUUUAAGACUCAAGGGCCUGUUCAUAAUCUUCCCCUUUUUUAUCUUUCCUAAUUUCAUACAUCUUAAUUUAAGGUCAGAGACUGUCUUUUAAGCAGUGGCCAUUCACUGCAAGUUUUGCUUUAACUCUAUCAGUGUGAACUAACUGUUCUGAUUUGACUCCUUUGUUAGUAGAAUUUCAGAAAAGACUUAUUAUAGGCCUGACAUUUUGCUACUGUUUUUAUCCAAGAUAGCCUCUGACUGUACCCCUCUGCCAACCACAAAAUUAUUACUGCUGACUUAAUAUUUGUGAUGUUACAUCUCUAUGUCCAUAGUGAUUGCAAUUUUCUUUGUAGUGUGGUCUUGUGUAAUUGUGCAUUCAUUAGUAGAUUUGAAAGGGUGUGGAAGUAAGAUAUAUUCACAUUUGUCUGGCAUUCAAAUUUUAUCAUACAGCUUUGAUUUUUAAGUGUCUUAUUUGUCCCAUUCCGCUCCUAUUUUUCCUUUUAUAAAAGUAACUUACUCUUUAAAGGUAGGAGAAUUUUACGCAAGAUCAAUUGAAACAUUUGUUGCUUGGUCUGUUAAAUGAUGUAUGCAGAUUUUCUAAAUAAGAACAAUACAGUUUUAUUUAUUUACAA